GAGGACGGGGCUGUGGCCUGUGACAAUACUUCCAAACUUAGCGUUCCACAUACAGUGUCCGUGGAGAUCAGGAACUCCAGCUGUCGGGAACAGAGUUUUUACUACACAUCACACGUUCUGUAUUCUCUCUGAUUCACAAGGAUGGACAAGGACAGGAGUCACAGGACUGAGAGUAUAAUAAAUAUCACCCUGGAGAUCAUCUACCUGCUGACUGGGGAGGAUUACACAAUAGUGAAGAAGACAUCCAAUGAGUAUGAGACACCCAGCAGCCAUCUCCGUGUAUCAGGAAGACUGAGUAGAACCCAGAGCCCCAUCACGGUGCCUCCACCUCACUCACUGACACAUGAGAGACACAAUGAUCAGAAGAUCCUGGAACUCACCAACAAGAUCAUUCAGUUGCUGACUGGAGAUGUGACUGCUGGGAAUGGGGCAUUAUACAGUAACCCCGGGGGACGUGUCUGGGUGAUGACUGGAGAGGAGGGGGAGUAUAUAGAGGAACACGGGGGUCUGUACGAGGACGUGAUGAUGGAUAAUCACCGGCCCCUCACAUCACUUGAUGGGCCCAGUAACAGAGAUACCCCUGAGAGAUGUCCCCGUCCUCUGUAUUCCCAGGAUUGCACAGAGGAGAAUCACAGGAUUCCACAGGAGGAUCAGGUAGAACGUCUGUCUAAUACUAAAAUACCAGAUAUAGAGGGAGAAGAAGAGACGUAUGUGACUGAUAUAAAGGCAGAAGAUAUAGAGGGAGAAGAAGAGACGUAUGUGACUGAUAUAAAGGCAGAAGAUAUAGAGGGAGAAGAAGAGACGUAUGUGACUGAUAUAGAGGCAGAAGAUAUAGAGGGAGAAGAAGAGACGUAUGUGACUGAUAUGAAGGCAGAAGAUAUAGAGGGAGAAGAAGAGACGUAUGUGACUGAUAUAAAGGCAGAAGAUAUAGAGGGAGAAGAAGAGACGUAUGUGACUGAUAUGAAGGCAGAAGAUACAGAGGGAGAAGAAGAGACGUAUGUGAGGGGUGAUCAGCAGUGUAAGGAGGAGGAGAUCCCUACAGAUAUCAGCACAGCAGAUGGACACACAAGCAGGAAUAUCUCAGAAGGACAUCUAUUGUUAUCCCCGGAUUGUGACAUAAAAGAUGACAGUAGACAGGAUUCUCCAGCAUUUAACCCCAUUACCCCAAUUAUAUAUCCAGCUCUAUCAACUGAUCCCCCUGAUCCUGGGAAAUGUUCUCCUGAUCACUCUGAUAUUGGUGCAUCUGUUACAGCUUUGAGAGUAGAUACAGUGUUUCCCUGGUCUAUAGAUACCAAAUGUUUUACACAGAACACAAACCUUAUUACUCAUCAGCCAGCUAAGGCAGGUGAGAGGCCAUUUCCAUGUUCUGAGUGUGGGAAAUGUUUUACAUAUAAAUCAAAUCUUGUUACACAUAAGAGAAGUCACACAGGUGAGAAGCCGUAUUCCUGCUCUGAGUGUGGGAAAUGUUUUGCAUUGAAAUCAAAUCUUAUUAAACAUCAGAGAAGUCACACAGGUGAGAAACCGUAUUCCUGUUCUGAGUGUAGGAAAUGUUUUGCACGGAAAUCAACUCUUGUUACACAUCAGAAAAGUCACACAGGUGAGAAGCCGUAUUCCUGUUCUGAGUGUGGAAAAUGUUUUGCAUCGAAAUCAUAUCUUGUUACACAUCAGAGUAGUCACACAGAUGAGAAGCCAUAUUCCUGUUCUGAGUGUGGGAAAUGUUUCACAAAGAAAUCAGCCCUUGUUACACAUCAGAGAAGUCACACAGGUGAGAGGCCAUAUUCCUGUUCUGAGUGUGGGAAAUGUUUUACACAGAAAUCAGAUCUUGUUACACAUAAGAGAAGUCACACAGGUGAGAAGCCGUAUUCCUGCUCUGAGUGUGGGAAAUGUUUUGCAUCGAAAUCAAAUCUUAUUAAACAUCAGAGAAGUCACACAGGUGAGAAACCGUAUUCCUGUUCUGAGUGUAGGAAAUGUUUUUUAUCUAAAUCAAAUCUUGUUAAACAUCAGAGAAGUCACACAGGUGAGAAACCGUAUUCCUGUUCUGAGUGUAGGAAAUGUUUUACACAGAAAUCAGAUCUUGUUACACAUAAGAGAAGUCACACAGGUGAGAAGCCGUAUUCCUGCUCUGAGUGUGGGAAAUGUUUUUUAUCUAAAUCAAAUUUUGUUAUACAUCAGAGAAGUCACACAGGUGAGAAGCCGUAUUCCUGCUCUGAGUGUGGGAAAUGUUUUGCAUCGAAAUCAAAUCUUAUUAAACAUCAGAGAAGUCACACAGGUGAGAAACCGUAUUCCUGUUCUGAGUGUAGGAAAUGUUUUUUAUCUAAAUCAAAUCUUGUUAAACAUCAGAGAAGUCACACAGGUGAGAAACCGUAUUCCUGUUCUGAGUGUAGGAAAUGUUUUGCACGGAAAUCAGAUCUUGUUACACAUCAGAGAAGUCACACAGGUGAGAAGCCGUAUUCCUGUUCUGAGUGUGGGAAAUGUUUUUUAUCUAAAUCAAAUCUUGUUAUACAUCAGAGAAGUCACACAGGUGAGAAGCCAUAUUCCUGUUCUGAGUGUGGGAAAUGUUUCUCACAGACAUCAGCUCUUGUUACACAUCAGAGAAGUCACACAGGUGAGAAGCCAUUUUCCUGCUCUGAGUGUGGGAAAUGUUUUGCACAGAGAUCACAUUUUGUUACUCAUCAGCAUGCUCACACAGGUGAGAGGCCAUUUUCCUGUUCUGAGUGUGAGAAAUGUUUCGCAUAUAAAUCAGCUCUUGUUACACAUCAGAGAAGUCACACAGGUGAGAGGCCGUAUUCCUGUUCUGAGUGUGGGAAAUGUUUCACACAGAAAUCACAUCUUGUUACACAUCAGAGGAGUCACACAGAUGAGAAGCCAUUUUCAUGCUGUGAGAGAAAUAAAUCCGCUCUUGUUGAACAUAUUAGACAUUACCCAAGCACGGAACCAUUUAAAUCUUCUGGAGUAUAAUUAUCACUGCCAUGCAAUGUUCCUCAAGGGUCAAUCCUAUCUCCUAUGCUUUAUGCAAUAUACAGUCUGGUCCAUAUAUAUUGGGACAUCGACACAAUUCUCAUAUUUUGGGCUCUAUACACCACCACAAUGGAUUUGAAAUGAAACAAACAAGAUGUGCUUUAAAUGCAGACUUUCCGCUUUAAUUUGAGAGUAUUUACAUCUAAAUCAAGUGAACGGUGUAGGAAUUAAAAACGGUUUUUAUAUGUGCCUCCCACUUUUUAAGGGACCAAAAGUAAUGGUACAGACUAAACAAUCCUAAAUCAAACUUUGUUGCAAAUCCUUUUGUCAGUUACAGCCUGAAGUCUGGAACGCAUAGACAUCACCAGAUGCUGGGUUUCAUCCCUGGUGAUGCUCUGCCAGGCCUCUACUGCAAAUGUCUUCAGUUCCUACUUGUUCUUGGGGCAUUUUCCCUUCAGUUUUGUCUUCAUCAAGUGAAAUGCAUGCUCAAUCGGAUUCAGGUCAGGUGAUUGAAUUGGCCAUUGCAUAACA